AUGAGCAGGCUAUAUGAUACCGCGGAGCCCAGUUUGGUGGACGAGGAGCUGCUGCAGAUGGCAGUGGAGGAGCAAGGCCCUCAAGACCAGGCUGGGCGGAUUGCCAAGGAGGAGGGCAUCCAGUAUGACGAAGUCUGCCAAUUGCGCCUAGACUACAGGAGUAAGACAUUUGACAGAUGUUGAUGUUCUUCAAUCAUCUGCAUACUUUUUGAUGCAGGCAUGUCAUACUCCUGAGUGGCGCAGUGGUCUAAGGCACUGCAUCGCAGUGCUAACUGUGCCACUAGAGAUCCUGGUUCGAAUCCAGGCUCUUUCGCAGCCGGCCGCGACUGGGAGACUCAUGGGCGGCGCACAAUUGGCCCAGCGUCGUCUAGGGUAGGGGAGGGAAUGGCUGGCAGGGAUGUAGCUCAGUUGAUAGAGCAUGGCGUUUGCAACGCCAGGGUUGUGGGUUCGAUUCCCACGGGGGGCCAGUAUAACAAAUAUAUGUAAUCACUAACUGUAAGUCGCUCUGGAUAAGAGCGUCUGCUAAAUGACUUAAAUGUAAUGUCUGUUGUCCACAGAGAGAAGGGCAAUAGUUGCAGUGGAAAUAAUUUUUAUUCCUAUGUCCAUAUUAUUUGACAUUUUUGUCCAUAGACAUCCUGAAGAUUGACCACCUGUGGCAGUUCACGUCUCUGACCAAGCUACAACUGGACAAUAACAUCAUUGAGAAGAUUGAAGGACUGGGGCGCCUCACUAAUCUGAAGUGGCUAGGUAUGAAAGGCGUCUCUCACAGACCCUGAAUAUGUUCCACAUACAGUAAAUAUUAGACAGAAUGUAUGUGUUAAACUGUAUAUAGCUAGAUCAAGAUGACUGUAUUGUUUUUCACUAAAAGACAAGCCCUUCACUGAUACAAGGCAACUAUGGCCUAAUGAUCAAUAUUCUCUCUCUCUCUCUCUCUCUCUCUCUCUCUCUCUCUCUCUCUCUCUCUCUCUCUCUCUCUCUCUCUCUCUCUCUCUCUCUCUCUCCUCUUCUCCUCUAGAUUUGUCAUUCAAUAACAUUGAGGGGAUCGAGGGGUUGGAUUCUCUGGUGAAGUUGGAAGACUUGAGUCUGUACAACAACAGAAUCUCUGUCAUUGAGAACAUGGACACACUCCUAAACCUACACGUUCUCUCUAUUGGGAACAACUUCCUGGCUCAGUUGGAAAAUGUGAGUAACUCUCAUACACUACAUACAUUUAUUGUUUAUGUUUCAAAUUCUGAAUGUAAACUCUUAAAUUGUAUACUGUAGUAUAUUAGUGCCCAAAAUAUACAGUACCAUUCAAAAGUUUGGACACACCUACUCAUUCAAGGGUUUUUCUUUAUUUUUACUAUUUUCUACAUUGUAGAAUAAUAGUGAAGAUAUCAAAACUAUUAAAUAACACAUAUGGAAUCAUGUAGUAACCAAAAAAGUGUUAAACAAAUCUAAAUAUAUUUUAUAUUUGAGAUUCUUCAAAUAGCCACCCUUUGCCUUGAUGACAGCUUUGCACACUCUUGGCAUUCUCUCAACAAGCUUCACCUGGAAUGCUUUUCCAACAGUCUUGAAGGAGUUCCCACAUAUGCUGACCACUUGUUAGCUGCUUUUCCUUCACCCUGCUGUCCGACUCAUCCCAAACCAUCUCAAUUGGGUUGAGAUCGGGGGAUUGUAGAGGCCAGGUCAUCUAAUGCAGCACUCCAUCACUCUCCUUCUUGGUCAAAUAGCCCUUACACAGCCUGGAGUGUAUUGAGCCAUUGUCCUAUUGAAAAACGAAUUAUAGUCCCACUAAGCCCAAACCAGAUGGGAUGGCGUAUCGCUGCAGAAUGCUGUGGUAGCCAUGCAGGUUAAGUGUGCCUUGAAUUCUAAAGAAAUCACAGACAAUGUCACCUGCAAAGCACCUCCACACCAUAACCCCUCCUCCUCCAUGCUUUACGGUGGGAACUACACAUGCGGAGAUCAUCAGUUCACACACACUGCGUCUCACAAAGACACGGCAGACACAUUUCCACCGGUCUAAUGUCCAUUGCUCGUGUUUCUUGGCCCAAGCAGGUCUCUUCUUAUUAUUAGUGUCCUUUAGUAGUGGUUUCUUUGCAGCAAUUCGACCAUGAAGGCCUGAUUCACACAGUCCCCUCUGAACAGUUGAUGUUGAGAUGUGUCUGUGACUUGAACUCUGUGAAGCAUUUAUUUGGGCUGCAAUUUCUGAGGCUGGUAACUCUAAUGAACUUAUCCUCUGCAACAGAGGUAACUCUGGGUCUUCCAUUCCUGUGGCGGUCCUCAUGAGAGACAGUUUCAUCAUAGCACUUGAUGGUUUUUGCGACUGCACUUGAAGAAACGUUCAAAGUUCUUGAAACGUUCCGUAUUGACUGACCUUCAUGUCUUAAAGUAAUGAUGGACUGUCAUUUCUCUUUGCUUAUUUGAGCUGUUCUUGCCAUAAUAUGGACUUGGUGUUUUACCAAAUAGGGCUAUCUUCUGUAUACCCCUCCCCCCCACCUUGUCACAACACAACUGAUUGGCUCAAACGCAUUAAGAAGGAAAGAAAUUCCAAAAAUUAACUUUUAAGAAGGCACACCUUCCGUUAAUUGAAAUGCAUUUCAGGUGAAGCUGGUUGAGAGAAUGCCAAGAGUGUGUGAAGCUGUCAUCAAGGCAAAGGGUGGCUAUUUGAAGAAUCUCAAUCUUUGUUGAACACUUUAUUGGUUACUACAUGAUUCCAUAUGUGUUAUUUCAUAGUUUUGAUGUCUUCACUAUUAUUCUACAAUGUAAAAGAUAGUAAAAAUAAAGAAAAACCCUUGAAUGAGUGGGUGUGUCCAAACUUUUGACUGGUAGUGUAUGUUAUUUUCAUGGCAUGGGCUGGUAUUGUAUGUUUGCUGGACACUGUAGGAAUUGCAAUCAACAAGAUCCUCUGAUUCCCAGGUGAUCUACCUCCGAAAGUUCAAGAACAUGCGCACUCUCAACCUAGCUGGAAACCCCAUCUGCAAAGAGGACCACUACAAGAUCUUUGUUGCUGCCUAUCUUCCAGAGUUGGUUUACUUGGACUUCAGACUAUUGGAUGAACAAACAGUGAGUGAUGGAAUAGGGUGAAAUUGCCCCUAGACACUGAUCUUGGGUCAGUCUUGCAAUCCCCCUACUAAUGGUUAAGGUUAGGAUUGGGGGAAGGGAAGCUGAUCCUAGAUCUGUACUUAUUAUUUAUUUAUUUUAUUUUUUAUUUAACCUUUAUUUAACCAGGUAAGCCAGUUGAGAACAAGUUCUCAUUUACAACUGCGACCUGGCCAAGAUAAAGCAAAGCAGUGCGAUAAAAACAACAACAACACAGAGUUACAUAUGGAAUAAACAAAAUGUACAGUCAAUAACACAAUAGAAAAUCUAUAUACAGUGUGUGCAAAUGUAGUAAGUUAUGGAGGUAAGGCAAUAAAUAGGCCAUAGUGCAAAAUAAUUACAAUUUAGUAUUAACACUGGAGUGAUAGAUGUGCAGAAGAUGAUGUGCAAAUAGAGAUACUGGGGUGCAAAUGAGCAAAAUAAAUAACAAUGUAAAUAACAAUAUGGGGAUGAGGUAGUUGGGUGGGCUAAUUACAGAUGGGCUGUGUACAGGUGCAGUGAUCGGUAAGCUGCUCUGACAACUGAUGCUUAAAGUUAGUGAGGGAGAUAAGUGUCUCCAGCUUCAGAGAUUGUUGCAGUUUGUUCCAGUCAUUUGCAGCAGAGAACUGGAAGGAAUGGCGGCCAAAGGAGGUGUUGGCUUUGGGAAUUAAAGCAUUAGAAACACAUCCCUGGCGCUAGAGCGACAAGUACAGGAGAACCAAUGGGAUGGCAAGGUUAUAUAUAUAUAUAUAUAUAUAUAUAUAUAUAUAUAUAUAUAUAUAUAUAUAUAUAUAUAUAUGUGCUUGUAUCCACACCAACAUAUCAUAAGUCUUACAAAACACAAGUCUUACAAAAUAAGAGAUUUAUGCCUAGGCUCAGGGACAUUCCUGUCCUGAUGAAUUAAAGCAUUUAUGUAAACGAGAGCAUUACAAAAUGGUUAGUCAUGGAUUACAAACGUUUCCCCUGGGAAUCAGCCAACUGAAUAAGCGCCACACUAAAAGCGGUCUAAAACUGCUGAACUGCCAUACCUUUACACAUCCCAACCAUAUUGUAACCACAGAUUUAAAGAAAACACUUCCAAAGGUCUAUUUUAUAAAUGAUUAUUCAAGCGCUGCACUGGAUAUACCAUUAGCUUGUAUGAAUACAUGAAUACCUUGCUUUUUUCAUACUCUACCAACCAUUCGGACGAGCAUUGAACAUUAAGUAUCUCCUUAUGUAGCGAGAGCAGGCGUUUGGGAAAUACCAGUAUGCCAUUGAGGAGAUGCGCCACAAUGAGGCCCAAGAGAGAAGGACGAUGGACGCUAGGCAAGAGCAAGAGGACGAGCUCCAGUUGCACAGGGUAACAUACGAAAAACAUACAUUCAGAGCAAAGUAUACAUUCUACAUCCAUGUGUGCGUUGAGCUUGAAAUCAUUGGACAAUUCUGCCAUCUACUGUUGUGUGUGUAUGUUUGUGUGUGUGUUUGUGUAAGUGUGCUUCCCUACCUACAGGAUGCCUUUGUGGAGCUCUUGAAUGGCCCAUAUCUGUUUGACAGCAUGUACGCAGAUGAUGCAGAGGCAGCCAAGCUGGCCUACCUCCCCGGAGUGUCUGUACUACUAGAGACAUAUCCUUCUCCAUACUCUGUUCCCUCAGUGUCAGUCUAUUUGGAGCAUGCCUUCUCCCUUCCACAAUUAGCUCUUGAUUUAUUGGAUGGCUAAAUGCAGAGGCAGGUGAAAUAAUAAUAUAAUUAUAUAUCUUGUUGUAAGAUAGUGAUUUAACGGAGAGAAAAAACUGGGGGGGAAAUAUUAUACUAUUGCAUCGAAGGCUCCUUCCUUGACUCUGUUCCUACAUACAAGAGCCAGCUGGUGGCGCUGUGUGUGCAGGUGUUUGAGAUUGGCUUGACACAGCGCGGCCGGAGGGAAGACGAGGUCAAGUCGUUCUUUGACUGUUCCAGAGAAGCCGUGGACUACAACCAGCAGAGAGCAGCACAGAUCACUGCAGACUUCGAGAAAGCCAGGAGACAGGUGAGUCAUGGGACUGUAGCUUUUACGGUCACGCAAAGAAGGGAUGCCGCUAAUGUCAGAUGUCAAAACGUACAUAUCCGAGUCGCGUCGGGGGCAUUUUAGCUAACCCUAACGCUUUUCCUAACCUUAACCUAAUUCUCCUAACCUGCUACGUUAAUUAUCCUAACCUGCUGCGUAAGUUCUCCUAACCUGCUACGAAAAGUCACUUCUGAUAUUAGCGGCAUCCCAUCUAGUCAAAACCGGCUUUCACUUGCACUGACAGUGAAAUGGUCACGUUUGAGAGCUUCAAUUCAGCGCAGACUGACAGAUCUACAAAUCUUAAUGAGUAGACCAAUUGGCAAGUUUAAUUGGAAACUGUUUGAUUUUCCCCCAAUUAAUUACAGCUCUUCCCUGCCCAUGUAACCUUUUUAAUUAUCUAAAAGAUAAUUAAAAAAUCCUAAAUUAGCACUCCUACUCUGAGAGGCUUUAUUAAUAAUAAUAAUAUAUUUUAUUUAUUUAGCGCUUUUCACUAUACAGAUAAUCUUAAAGAUGCUAAAAAACUAAACAAAAACAAAAGUACAUGUAGUUCUUGGGCUGGACAAUGGUCUUCAACAGAGGCUAAAUAUGAAUAUGGCCCAUGGAAUUCAACUGACUCCUAUCUGCCCCAUCUCUAUGGAGGGAUAUACUGUAAGUGUCAAAAUACAUUUAAUAUGAAUUAUUUUGGAACAAAUAUUACAUAUUUAAUGUAUUUGCACUGAAUAUCUUCUUGGCCACACAUAGAUAAUGUCACAGCCAUGUUAUUUAGAAAGUUGGGCCAUUGAGGUUUCUGCAUUAUGAUGCAUUUGCAUGACACUACAACAUUCUAUGGCAGCCAUGUUAGUGCUCCAUUAACAUUACAUGGGGAAUAUAAUAUCUAGAAUGAGCAUUGGGAUGCAUUUACAUAAAACGUUAAAAUUAUAUGGCAGCCAUGUUAGCACCCCAAUAAUAUUACAUGGGGAAUAUUUAAAUAAUGCUAUGUAACUGAAUGUCUAUAAUAAGAACAAUAUAAAAAAUUCCAAAAGUUGGCCCAACUCUCUAAAUAUAUGGCUCUGGAUAAUGGUAUAACAAACUGCUAUAAUAAAAACACGAUAGCAACAGUUUAACAAAAAAGGUGCUAUUUUUAUCGUAUCAAAUCCACUGUACAUAAAUCUUACAAAAAAUCAUACAAAUAACAAAAACAUCAUGGAAAUCAUACAUAAAUGUUGUGUAUCUCCACGUUGCCACACACAAACAGGUGAUGUUUGAGAUGCAGCAGGCCACAGACACACGUCUCCUGGAGGCCCAGCUGAACCACUGCAGCGAGGAGAUCAAGCAGCUCUGUGACAGCCUCAUGACCCAGGAGCUACAGCUGGUUGACCAGCUGGAGGUGUGUGUGUGUGUGUGUGUGUGUGUGUGUGUGUGUGUGUGUGUCUGUUUGUCUGUCUGUUUAAGAUCUAAAUUAUUGCCUUUAAAUCUGAACUGAGUCACUUCCAAGAGGUUAGGAGUAUAGGUUUUCACGGAUCCACCUGUACCCAUACCAGAUACCUGAUCUGGGAUCCGAGCGGGUCCGGAUCCAGAAUUCUAAUUAAUGUCACGGGUCUGGGUCGGAUCUCAUAUGAUUGUCACGAGUCUCAGGUCUGUGUCAUUUUAACUGACUUGUCCGGAAGGACCCGUACAGAGCCAAACUGCUGCAGUAGAGAGAGAGAAAAAUUGUAUAAUUUAUGCUGCUGCUUUUCAAGGGUGGUGCGUGUAGCUUGUUGUUGUUGUUGACCAGUCAUACAGUGGGGAAAAAAAGUAUUUAGUCAGCCACCAAUUGUGCAAGUUCUCCUACUUAAAAAGAUGAGAGAGGCCUGUAAUUUUCAUCAUAGGUACACGUCAACUAUGACAGACAAAUUGAGAAAAGAAAUGCAGAAAAUCACAUUGUAGGAUUUUUAAUGAAUUUAUUUGCAAAUUAUGGUGGAAAAUAAGUAUUUGGUCACCUACAAACAAGCAAGAUUUCUGGCUCUCACAGACCUGUAACUUCUUCUUUAAGAGGCUCCUCUGUCCUCCACUCGUUACCUGUAUUAAUGGCACCUGUUUGAACUUGUUAUCAGUAUAAAAGACACCUGUCCACAACCUCAAACAGUCACACUCCAAACUCCACUAUGGCCAAGACUAAAGAGCUGUCAAAGGACACCAGAAACAAAAUUGUAGACCUGCACCAGGCUGGGAAGACUGAAUCUGCAAUAGGUAAGCAGCUUGGUUUGAAAAAAUAAACUGUUGGAGCAAUUAUUAGGAAAUGGAAGACAUACAAGACCACUGAUAAUCUCCCUCGAUCUGGGGCUCCACACAAGAUCUCACCCCGUGGGGUCAAAAUGAUCACAAGAACGGUGAGCAAAAAUCCCAGAACCACACGGGGGGACCUAGUGAAUGACCGGCAGAGAGCUGGGACCAAAGUAACAAAGCCUACCAUCAGUAACACACUACGCCGCCAGGGACUCAAAUCCUGCAGUGCCAGACGUGUCCCCCUGCUUAAGCCAGUACAUGUCCAGGCCCGUCUGAAGUUUGCUAGAGUGCAUUUGGAUGAUCCAGAAGAGGAUUGGGAGAAUGUCAUAUGGUCAGAUGAAACAAAAAUAUAACUUUUUGGUAAAAACUCAACUCGUCGUGUUUGAAGGACAAAGAAUGCUGAGUUGCAUCCAAAGAACACCAUACCUACUGUGAAGCAUGGGGGUGGAAACAUCAUGCUUUGGGGCUGUUUUUCUGCAAAGGGACCAGGACGACUGAUCCGUGUAAAGGAAAGAAUGAAUGGGGCCAUGUAUCGUGAGAUUUUGAGUGAAAACCUCCUUCCAUCAGCAAGGGCAUUGAAGAUUAAACGUGGCUGGGUCUUUCAGCAUGACAAUGAUCCCAAACACACCACCCGGGCAACGAAGGAGUGGCUUCGUAAGAAGCAUUUCAAGGUCCUGGAGUGGCCUAGCCAGUCUCCAGAUCUCAACCCCAUAGAAAAUCUUUGGAGGGAGUUGAAAGUCCGUGUUGCCCAGCGACAGCCCCAAAACAUCACUGCUCUAGAGGAGAUCUCCAUGGAGGAAUGGGCCAAAAUACCAGCAACAGUGUGUGAAAACCUUGUGAAGACUUACAGAAAACGUUUGACCUGUGUCAUUUCCAACAAAGGGUAUAUAACAAAGUAUUGAGAAGCUUUUGUUAUUGACCAAAUACUUAUUUUCCGCCAUAAUUUGCAAAUAAAUUCAUUAAAAAUCCUACAAUGUGAUUUUCUGGGGAAAAAAAUCUCAUUUUGUCUGUCAUAGUUGACGUGUACCUAUGAUGAAAAUUACAGGCCUCUCUCAUCUUUUUAAGUGGGAGAACUUGCACAAUUGGUGGCUGACUAAAUACUUUUUUUCCCCACUGUAAGUCAUCAAAGCGGCAAUAGGCUACAGUCAUAUAGCAUCUGUGUGUGGCAAAAGUUAGGAGAUAUCUAAUCGAUGGAAUUAAAAUGACGGAAUUAAAAGUUAAAGGAGAAGCAUAGGCUACAAUGACCAAGAGCCAACAGGUAGAUUGCUACUUAAUAUUCUGAAUGGAGUUGUUGUUACGGUGAGAAAGCGCAUGCACUGCUUCCUCAAUUAACGUAAGAUAGCUUAAUUAGCUAGCUUCUCCCGGUUUGAUGCAGUCAAGACAGGUACUACGUAAUCAUAUUGGAUGAUAAAUAACCUAGCUAUUAGCAGCUAUUAGUCUACUAUAGUGCAUGUCGGCUAGUUGGUUGGUUGCUGUCUCUCAUCCCUGUGUCACUCCCUCACAGUACGGACCCUCCACCGCCUGCUAGAGCGGCACCUUUCUCUCCCUCCUCUCACGCUUUAUCUGCUCCGGUUAAUAAAGUCGCUUAAAAAAUGACUUUUCUGCUGCUUCCCUCACUCUGUGUCGAUCGGACCGGGUCUAGAUCUGAACCAGGUCUAUACGGAACGGGUCUAGUUCUCCUCAGGUCCGUUCGGAAUGGGUCUCUGUAUUUAAAAAAUAAAUGUAUGCAUAUCGGGUCUGGGUGGGAAAGCCCCAGGUUCAUUUCGGAACAGGUCCAACCUUUUUGGGCCCGUGAAGACCUGUAGUUAGGAGUCAUCAUAAAGCAGUACCUGGUAACCUAGGUGACCUCUAGGUGACCUCCCUGAGGCCAAGUGCCAAUGGCUGUAAAUUCAGCCAUCUGGAGUUUCAAAUGAUAGAGACAUCUAAUAUAGAGCUCACUCUGACCCAAGUGGUCUCGAUAACCUUGAUUAAUGUUGUGACCAGGGGCCCAGAACACUUGGAGAACGAACAGAUAAGCAAGAGUAUUUAUGUGUGCCUGCCUGCCCUUGAGGAGGUUAGAAGAUUGCUACAAACGUCUUAGAGGAAUGUGUCUGUCUCCCCAUAUGCAUAUGUCUGUUUAUUGUUUGUCUAUUAAACCUUUAAAUAUAAAUGUAGAAGUCGUUCUCCUUAUGGGUACAGCAUUUUCCACACCUUGAGCAAAUACAUUUUUCCCGACUGUGUGUGUGUGUGUGUGUGUGUGUGUGUGUGUGUGUGUGUGUGUGUGUGUGUGUGUGUGUGUGUGUGUGUGUGUGUGUGUGUGUGUGUGUGUGUGUAUGUGUGUGCGGCUGAAGUAUAUUAUAGUACACGUGCAAGAGUUCAUAUGGAAACUAUCUCAUUCAUAGAGGAAUGUUUGAAGUGGUUAAUUAAUUCAAGUGUAUAGAAUUUUUAGGCACAACAAACCUAUAUGAUAGCUUGUAUAGUCUGUGUGCUGUCAGACACUAGGUCCAGCUGCAAAGGACAGUAGAGUAAAUACAGGCAUUAGAUUAAUUUAUUUUUUAUUUUCUGUUUGAUAUCAAAACACACAUUUCGAUUUGAGAUAUGUUAUUCAUAAUAACUAUUCUCCUUUUUUUUCCAUAGGAUAUAAUCAAAGAUUUUGAGAGGAACAUUUCAGACAUGGUUGCCGGACUCAUUGAAGUUGUUCAAGGAAUAUAUCCUUUACUACCUCAUGUAUUUCAAUAUAACUGCAAGUUGCAUGUGUAUUAUAAUGGUGUUACAGUGCACUGAUGCAGUUAUUAAAAUCAGGGGUCUGUAUGUAUCAAGCAUCUCAGAGUAAGAGUGCUGAUUUGCUGAUUUAGGAUCAGUUUAGCCUUUUAGAUCGUAAUUAAUAAGAUUACAUGGACAGGGAGGACCUGAUCCUAGAUCAGCACGCCUACUCUGAGACGCUUGAUAUACAGUAUACAGCCCCAGACAAAGUGUCCUUGACACAGACCCACAUUCGCCCAGUGCCGAGACUUAGAGAACCACCACCACGAGAAGCUACUGGAAAUCGCCAUGGCAACCCUGGAGCGAGUGGCCAAGAAUGAGCUGGAGGAGGAUAUGCCUGAUGAUGUCCGAAUGGUCAGUGUCAGAGUCAGAAAGUCCCUGUACCUACAGCAAAUCCUAUAGGCCCUGGUCAAAAUUAGUAUACUAAAUAGGGAAUAGGGUGCUAUUUGAGACGCAGCCUAAAUAGUGUUUCCCUACCCCUCUCUCAACCCUGUCGCUUAUCUCCACAAAAAUUGACAAAAAUUGUCAGACUCCUGCAACCCAAGUCAUAGACUCUUCUCUCUGCUACCUCAUGGCAAACAGUACCGGAUCUGGGAUCAAAAGGCCUAGUCACUUUACCCCUACCUACACUAUAUAUACAAAAGUAUGUGGACACCCCUUCAAAUUAGUGGAUUCGGCUAUUUCAGCCACACCCAUAGCAGACAGGUUUAUAAAAUCGAGCACACAGCCAUGCGAUCUCCAUAGACAAACAUUGGCAGUAGAAUGGCCUUACUGAAAAGCUCAGUGACUUUCAACGUGGCACCGUCAUAGGAAGCCACCUUUCCAACAAGUCAGUUUGUCAAAUUUCUGCCCUGCUAGAGUUUUUCAUGGUUCGGGCUUAGUUCCAGUGAAGGGAAAUCUUAACGCUACAGAAUACAAUGACAUUCUAGAGGAUUCUGUGCUUCCAACUUUGUGGCAACAGUUUGGGGAAGGCCCUUUCCUGUUUCAGCAUGACAAUGCCCCCGUGCACAAAAUGGUUUGUUGAGCUCGGUGUGGAAAAACUUGACUGGCCUGCACAGAGCCCUGACCUCAACCCCAUCGAACACCUUUGGGAUGAAUUGGAACCCUGACUGCGAGCCAGGCCCAAUCGCCCAAAAUCAGUGCCCAACCUCACUAAUGCUAUUGUGGCAGGAUGGAAGCAAGUACCCACAGCAGUGUUUCAACAUCUAGUGGAAAGCCUUCCCAGAAGAGUGGAGGCUGUUAUAGCAGCACAGGGGGACCAACUCCAUAUUAAUGCCCAGGAUUUUGGAAUGAGAUGUUUGACGAGCAGGUGUCCACAUAUCUUUGUCAUGUAGUGUGUAUGUACACCGCAUUCGGAAAGUAUUCAGACCCCUUGACUUUUCCACAUUUUGUUACGUUACAGCCUUAUUCUAAAAUUGAUUAAAUAUAUUUUUUGCCUCAUCAAUCUACACACAAUACCCCAUAAUGACAAAGCGAACAAAGCGGUUUUUAGAAUUAUUUGCAGAUUCAUACAAAAUAAAAAAACAGAAAUACCUUAUUUAAAUAAGUAUUCAGACCCUUUGCUAUGAGCCUCGAAAUUGAGCUCAGGUGCAUCCUGUUUCCAUUGAUCAUCCUUGAGAUGUUUCUACAACUUGAUUGGAGUCCACCUGUGGUAAAUUCAAUUGAUUGGAUAUGAUUUGGAAAGGCACACACCUGUCUAUUUAAAGUCCCACAGUUGACAGUGCAUGUCAGAGCAAAGACCAAGCCAUGAGGUCGAAGGAAUUGUCUGUAGAGGUCCAAGACAGGAUUGUGACGAGGCACAGAUCUGGGGGAAACAGAUUGAAGGUCCCCAAGAACACAGUGGCCUCCAUCAUUCUUAAAUGGAAGAAGUUUGGAACCACCAAGACUCUUCCUAGAGCUGGCCGCCCGGCCAAACUGAGCAAUCGGGGGAGAAAGGCCUUGGUCAGGGAGGUGACCAAGAACCCGAUGGUCAAAAAAUGUUUUUCAGUGGCAGGGACUGGGAGACUAGUCAGGAUCAAGGGAAAGAUGAAUGGAGCAAAGUACAGAGAGAUCCUUGAUAAAUACCUGCUCCAGAGCGCACAGGACCUCAGUCUGGGGCAAAGGUUCACCUUCCAACAGGACAAUGACCCUAAGCACACAGCCAAGACAACGCUGGAGUGGCUUCAGGAAAAGUCUCUGAAUGUCCUUGAGUGGCCCACCCAGAGCCCGUACUUGAACCCGAUCGAACAUCUCUGGAGAGACCUGAAAUAGCUGUGCAGUGACGCUCCCCAUCCAACCUGACAGAGCUUGAGAGGAUCUACAGAGAAGAAUGGGAGAAACUCCCAAAAUACAGGUGUGCCAAGCUUGUAGCGUCAUACCCAAGAAGACUCAAUGCUGUAAUCGCUGCCAAAGGUGCUUCAACAAAGUACUGAGUAAAGGGUCAUGUAAAUGUAAUAUUUCAAAAAAUUCUAAAAACCUGUUUUUGCUUUGUCAUUACGGGGUAUUGUGUGUAGAUUGAUGAGGGGGAAAAAACAAUGUAAUCCAUUUUAGAAUAAGGCUGUAAUGUAACAAAAUAUGGAAAAAGUCAAGGUGUCUGAAUACUUUCCGAAUGCACUACCAGUCAAAAGUUUGGACACACCUACUCAUUCAAGGGUUUUUCUUUAUUUUUACUAUUUUCUACAUUGUAGAAUAAUAGUGAAGACAUCAAAACUAUGAAAUAACACAUAUGGAAUCAUGUAGUAACCAAAAAAGUGUUACAAAAAUCAAAAUAUAUUUUAUAUUUGAGAUUCUUCGACUAGCCACCCUUUGCCUUGAUGACAGCUUUGCACACUCUUGGCAUUCUCUCAACCAGCUUCACCUGGAAUGCUUUUCCAACAGUCUUGAAGAAGUUCCCACAUAUGCUGAGCACUUGUUGGCUGCUUUUCCUUCAGUCUGCGGUCUGACUCCUCCCAAACCAUCUCAAUUGGGUUGAGGUCGGGGGAUUGUGGAGGCCAGGUCAUCUGAUGCAGCACUCCAUCACUCUCCUUCUUGGUAAAAUAGCCCUUACACAGCCUGGAGGUCUGUUGGGUCAUUGUCCUGUUGAAAAACAAAUGAUAGUCCCACUAAGCCCAAACCAGAUGGGAUAGCGUAUCGCUGCAGAAUGCUGUGGUAGCCAUGCUGGUUAAGUGUGCCUUUAAUUCUAAAUAAAUCACAGACAGUGUCACCAGCAAAGCACCCCCACACCGCAACACCUUCUCCUCCAUGCUUUAUGGUGGGAAAUACACAUACGGAGAUCAUCCGUUCACCUGCUCUGCGUCUCACAAAGACACGGCGGUUAGAACCCAAAAUCUCAAAUUUGGACUCAUUUCCACCGGUAUAAUGUCCAUUGCUCGUGUUUCUUGGUUUCUCUUCUUCUUAUUGGUGUCCUUUAGUAGUGGUUUCUGUGCUGCAAUUCAACCAUGAAGGCCUGAUUCACACUGUCUCCUCUGAACAGUUGAUGUUGAGAUGUGUCUGUUACUUGAACUCUGUGAAGCAUUUAUUUGGGCUGCAAUUUCUGAGGCUGGUAACUCUAAUGAACUUAUCCUCUGCAGCAGAGGUAACUCUGGGUCUUCCAUUCCUGUGGCGGUCCUCAUGAGAGCCAGUUUCAUCAUAGCGCUUGAUGGUUUUUGCGACUGCACUUGAAGAAACUUUCAAAGUUCUUGAAAUGUUCCGUAUUGACUGACCUUCAUGUCUUAAAGUAAUGAUGGACUGUUGUUUCUCUUUGCUUAUUUGAGCUGUUCUUGCCAUAAUAUGAACUUAGUCUUUUACCAAAUAGGGCUAUCUUCUGUAUACCCCCCUACCUUGUCACAACACAACUGAUUGGCUCAAACGCAUUAAGAAGGAAAGAAAUUCCACUAAUUAACUUUUCAGAAGGCACACUUGUUAAUUGAAAUGCAUUCCAGGUGACUACCUCAUGAAGCUGGUUGAGAGAAUGUCAAGAGUGUGCAAAGCUGUCAUCAAGGCAAAGGGUGGCUAUUUGAAGAAUCUCAAAUAUAAAAUAUAUUUUGAUUUGUUUAACACUUUUUUGUUACUACAUGAUUCCAUAUGUGUUAUUUCACUAUUAUUCUACAAUGUAAAAAAUAGUAAAAAUGAAGAAAAACCCUUGAAUGAGUAGGUGUGUCCAGACUUUUGACUGGUAGUGUAUCUACCUCAAUGACCUCGUACCCCUACACAUCCACACGGUACUUGUACCUAUGUAUAUAGCCAAGCUAUAAUUGCUCAUUGUGUAUUUAUUCCUCAUGUUACAAUUAUUUUUCCAUUAUUAUUAUACAAAUUAUAUUUAUUGUAUUCUGCAUUGUUGGGAACCAUUUCGCUGUUGUUUACGAAGCAUGUGACAAUUACAAUUUGAUUUGAUUUGAUAUUGUAUGUGUACAUGCUCGUCCAUAUUGCACUCAGACACACUGCACACUGUCCAACUGUAUUCUGUUCUUACUGCCUCACAUCUCUGACAACAUUGCCACUGUCACUGCUAUUGAAACUACAGAUCUGCUAUCUUAAUUUGAUCAGUCUGUUGUCACAGAGAAUAUUCCUGCCCAGCAGGAAAUGCAAAUUGUAGUGUAUUCAAGGUUCAAAAAGGCUUCUAAAGUUUGCAAUUUCCACAUUAACAUGUCAUACUUGAUUUGCCCUAACGAAAAAUAUGUUAACCACUACAGAAAAUGUCCAUUAAUUAUAAUCCACAUAAAAAUUCAUAUUUCCUGUUGCUACAGGAUUAUUUUCCUGCUGUGAGAAAUUAAGAUCCGUAGCACCUCAGCAGCACUUUCCCCAGUGGCACUCAGCAGUAUCUUGAUCCAACUGGCACCUAGGUGAAGUUUCCCCUAGGUACAGAUUUCAGAUCAGUUUUCCUACCCCCAAUCCUAACCUUAAACAUUAUGUUGAGAAUGCAAAACUGACCCAAGAUCAGUGUCUAGGGGCAACUUCACCCUGCAUCAGCCCUCUGUGUUACACAGUGUCUGUUUGUCCCCCCCAUGCAGCUGUUUGUAGACAAGGACACAGUGAUCAAUGCAGUCAGCACCUCCCACGACACCCACCUGCUGAAGAUCGACAACCGUGAGGACGAACUGGUGACGCGCAGCAACAGCUGGAUGAGCGCUCUGAUGAAAUCGGUAGGCAGGGGAAUGCAUGGAAAUAUGAUGACAUAGAUUGUAUUUCUAUGGGGAAUACAUGGAAAUAGGAUGACAUAGAUUGUAUUUCUAUGGGGAAGGCAAGGCAUUGCCACAAACACUCAGUAUGACAGUUUCCAGUUUUCCACCAUGAAGAAUGCUCUAACCUUGGGGUGUUUUAAUUUGUUGUUGUUUUGUAUCUUAUUCGCCUGUCAAUGCAGGUACAAGAUGAAGAGGUGAAGCGGAAUCGCAAGCGCAUCUCAGAGAUUCACAACUACAUUGACUACGUGAGGGAUCAGCUAGAUGAGAUGCAACAUGAGCACCAUUGAUUAAGAAGAGAGGAGGGGAAAGGAAAUAUAGCAGAAUAAACAGUCCCAACACAGAUUCACAAGCCUCAGGCAUACAGCAAAUGCCCUUCUUUUCAUACUUACUUAUUUUCAUGAACCUGUGUUAUAAGAAAAUUGAAUUGUGUCAAAAUAAAGUCCAUUAUUUUAAUGAAUCCUCUGUGUUUUUUCCCUUUUGUUCAUUUCCAGAAACAGGCUGAAAUGUUUGUUGUGUAUUCCUAAAUGGUUCAUAUUUCAACUCUCUGGGACAACUCUGCCAUCUACUGUUGUUUGUGUGUGUGUGUGUGUGUGUGUGUGUGCGUGUGUGUGUGUGUGUGUGUGUGUGUGUGUGUGUGUGUGUGUGUGUGUGUGUGUGUGUGUGUGUGUGUGUGUGUGUGUGUGUGUGUGUGUGUGUGUGUGUGUGUGUGAGUGAGAGAGAGAGAGAGAGAGAGAGAGAGAGAGAUGCACUAUGGCAUGCAUAACUAUCAACACCCAACCAAAACCAUUCAACUAAACAUUUUUUAUGUUUUGAUUAUAAUCAUUGUAUUAAACAAUACAUUUCAGAACUAAUAGAAAGUAAGGCCCAAAUAUAUAAGUUUUCAACCUUAGUACAAAACUGCAAGAACGCUGAUCAUUCAUAUGGAUUUUUCCAGUGGAAACUAAUGUACAAAAGUGCAACUACAUGUCCCACAAUGCAUUUCCGAAUACUAUCCAAUUACGUUUCCGUUCAAAUGAGGAGUGCACUUGUCCAGCCAAUCAAAUAAGGUGAUUCUGAAUUGUCUAAUGCAACGUUGAAGUUCUCUUAAACCCAGUGCACGUCCAGCGUGAGCUAUCCUAGGGCCGGGGAGGACGAUAGUCAACUUGCAAGCUUAGAGAUACUGCUCGUCAGUAGCCCCUCUCCCUAUUACGAGCUUCCUCCGUCUGUGGUUCAUGACUGUUGCAGUCGGGGACACGCACGCAUUAGCGCUCAUCAUGCCUAGAGCUGGCCGCCCGGCCAAACUGAGCAAUCGGGGGAGAAAGGCCUUGGUCAGGGAGGUGACCAAGAACCCGAUGGUCAAAAAAUGUUUUUCAGUGGCAGGGACUGGGAGACUAGUCAGGAUCAAGGGAAAGAUGAAUGGAGCAAAGUACAGAGAGAUCCUUGAUAAAUACCUGCUCCAGAGCGCACAGGACCUCAGUCUGGGGCAAAGGUUCACCUUCCAACAGGACAAUGACCCUAAGCACACAGCCAAGACAACGCUGGAGUGGCUUCAGGAAAAGUCUCUGAAUGUCCUUGAGUGGCCCACCCAGAGCCCGUACUUGAACCCGAUCGAACAUCUCUGGAGAGACCUGAAAUAGCUGUGCAGUGACGCUCCCCAUCCAACCUGACAGAGCUUGAGAGGAUCUACAGAGAAGAAUGGGAGAAACUCCCAAAAUACAGGUGUGCCAAGCUUGUAGCGUCAUACCCAAGAAGACUCGAUGCUGUAAUCGCUGCCAAAGGUGCUUCAACAAAGUACUGAGUAAAGGGUCAUGUAAAUGUAAUAUUUCAAAAAAUUCUAAAAACCUGUUUUUGCUUUGUCAUUACGGGGUAUUGUGUGUAGAUUGAUGAGGGGGAAAAAACAAUGUAAUCCAUUUUAGAAUAAGGCUGUAAUGUAACAAAAUAUGGAAAAAGUCAAGGUGUCUGAAUACUUUCCGAAUGCACUACCAGUCAAAAGUUUGGACACACCUACUCAUUCAAGGGUUUUUCUUUAUUUUUACUAUUUUCUACAUUGUAGAAUAAUAGUGAAGACAUCAAAACUAUGAAAUAACACAUAUGGAAUCAUGUAGUAACCAAAAAAGUGUUACAAAAAUCAAAAUAUAUUUUAUAUUUGAGAUUCUUCGACUAGCCACCCUUUGCCUUGAUGACAGCUUUGCACACUCUUGGCAUUCUCUCAACCAGCUUCACCUGGAAUGCUUUUCCAACAGUCUUGAAGAAGUUCCCACAUAUGCUGAGCACUUGUUGGCUGCUUUUCCUUCAGUCUGCGGUCUGACUCCUCCCAAACCAUCUCAAUUGGGUUGAGGUCGGGGGAUUGUGGAGGCCAGGUCAUCUGAUGCAGCACUCCAUCACUCUCCUUCUUGGUAAAAUAGCCCUUACACAGCCUGGAGGUCUGUUGGGUCAUUGUCCUGUUGAAAAACAAAUGAUAGUCCCACUAAGCCCAAACCAGAUGGGAUAGCGUAUCGCUGCAGAAUGCUGUGGUAGCCAUGCUGGUUAAGUGUGCCUUUAAUUCUAAAUAAAUCACAGACAGUGUCACCAGCAAAGCACCCCCACACCGCAACACCUUCUCCUCCAUGCUUUAUGGUGGGAAAUACACAUACGGAGAUCAUCCGUUCACCUGCUCUGCGUCUCACAAAGACACGGCGGUUAGAACCCAAAAUCUCAAAUUUGGACUCAUUUCCACCGGUAUAAUGUCCAUUGCUCGUGUUUCUUGGUUUCUCUUCUUCUUAUUGGUGUCCUUUAGUAGUGGUUUCUGUGCUGCAAUUCAACCAUGAAGGCCUGAUUCACACUGUCUCCUCUGAACAGUUGAUGUUGAGAUGUGUCUGUUACUUGAACUCUGUGAAGCAUUUAUUUGGGCUGCAAUUUCUGAGGCUGGUAACUCUAAUGAACUUAUCCUCUGCAGCAGAGGUAACUCUGGGUCUUCCAUUCCUGUGGCGGUCCUCAUGAGAGCCAGUUUCAUCAUAGCGCUUGAUGGUUUUUGCGACUGCACUUGAAGAAACUUUCAAAGUUCUUGAAAUGUUCCGUAUUGACUGACCUUCAUGUCUUAAAGUAAUGAUGGACUGUUGUUUCUCUUUGCUUAUUUGAGCUGUUCUUGCCAUAAUAUGAACUUAGUCUUUUACCAAAUAGGGCUAUCUUCUGUAUACCCCCCUACCUUGUCACAACACAACUGAUUGGCUCAAACGCAUUAAGAAGGAAAGAAAUUCCACUAAUUAACUUUUCAGAAGGCACACUUGUUAAUUGAAAUGCAUUCCAGGUGACUACCUCAUGAAGCUGGUUGAGAGAAUGUCAAGAGUGUGCAAAGCUGUCAUCAAGGCAAAGGGUGGCUAUUUGAAGAAUCUCAAAUAUAAAAUAUAUUUUGAUUUGUUUAACACUUUUUUGUUACUACAUGAUUCCAUAUGUGUUAUUUCACUAUUAUUCUACAAUGUAAAAAAUAGUAAAAAUGAAGAAAAAACCCUUGAAUGAGUAGGUGUGUCCAGACUUUUGACUGGUAGUGUAUCUACCUCAAUGACCUCGUACCCCUACACAUCCACACGGUACUUGUACCUAUGUAUAUAGCCAAGCUAUAAUUGCUCAUUGUGUAUUUAUUCCUCAUGUUACAAUUAUUUUUCCAUUAUUAUUAUACAAAUUAUAUUUAUUGUAUUCUGCAUUGUUGGGAACCAUUUCGCUGUUGUUUACGAAGCAUGUGACAAUUACAAUUUGAUUUGAUUUGAUAUUGUAUGUGUACAUGCUCGUCCAUAUUGCACUCAGACACACUGCACACUGUCCAACUGUAUUCUGUUCUUACUGCCUCACAUCUCUGACAACAUUGCCACUGUCACUGCUAUUGAAACUACAGAUCUGCUAUCUUAAUUUGAUCAGUCUGUUGUCACAGAGAAUAUUCCUGCCCAGCAGGAAAUGCAAAUUGUAGUGUAUUCAAGGUUCAAAAAGGCUUCUAAAGUUUGCAAUUUCCACAUUAACAUGUCAUACUUGAUUUGCCCUAACGAAAAAUAUGUUAACCACUACAGAAAAUGUCCAUUAAUUAUAAUCCACAUAAAAAUUCAUAUUUCCUGUUGCUACAGGAUUAUUUUCCUGCUGUGAGAAAUUAAGAUCCGUAGCACCUCAGCAGCACUUUCCCCAGUGGCACUCAGCAGUAUCUUGAUCCAACUGGCACCUAGGUGAAGUUUCCCCUAGGUACAGAUUUCAGAUCAGUUUUCCUACCCCCAAUCCUAACCUUAAACAUUAUGUUGAGAAUGCAAAACUGACCCAAGAUCAGUGUCUAGGGGCAACUUCACCCUGCAUCAGCCCUCUGUGUUACACAGUGUCUGUUUGUCCCCCCCAUGCAGCUGUUUGUAGACAAGGACACAGUGAUCAAUGCAGUCAGCACCUCCCACGACACCCACCUGCUGAAGAUCGACAACCGUGAGGACGAACUGGUGACGCGCAGCAACAGCUGGAUGAGCGCUCUGAUGAAAUCGGUAGGCAGGGGAAUGCAUGGAAAUAUGAUGACAUAGAUUGUAUUUCUAUGGGGAAUACAUGGAAAUAGGAUGACAUAGAUUGUAUUUCUAUGGGGAAGGCAAGGCAUUGCCACAAACACUCAGUAUGACAGUUUCCAGUUUUCCACCAUGAAGAAUGCUCUAACCUUGGGGUGUUUUAAUUUGUUGUUGUUUUGUAUCUUAUUCGCCUGUCAAUGCAGGUACAAGAUGAAGAGGUGAAGCGGAAUCGCAAGCGCAUCUCAGAGAUUCACAACUACAUUGACUACGUGAGGGAUCAGCUAGAUGAGAUGCAACAUGAGCACCAUUGA